CUUUGAUCGACAAGUCUGGACUCCCGCCAUUUUCUCGACGUCUUGCUUCAAUUUACAUACUUGGCUGAAGGACCAGCCCUGAAUCUCUUACAACAGGUCUGGACCUGAUUAAUUUUUCUGUUUUGAGUUCGAAGAAUGAAGACAUAGAAACUUACAAAUUUGUUAAAUAACUAAUCCGUUUGUUUCCCUAUCGCUUCAUGCUUGGAUACAUAUAUUUAUUGUUUAUAAUUUCGAUACAGAACGUAUCCAAUCCUUAGAAACGAGACAACAGACUCAAAACAGUCAAAUGGCUGCUGAGGAGCUCGGGAUUCUAUGGCUCAACGAAGUAGGCAAGUAGGAGAAGGAGCCGCAUGCGGCUCGCGAGUCGCCAGUUGAUCUUCUCUGCCUUACAGAAUGGAUAUUAUCAGUUUAAUAAUUAUUCUAACUGCAUGUUUUUUCAAACUUGUCCUUUUCUCUAAUGGAACACCAACUCUUCUCUUUGUCACACAAAAAGAUAUUAGAAUGGCUAAUGCUUCUCGUACUAACAAAGUAACUACUGUCAUAAAAGAUCUCUCAGAAGGUGCAGCAUUAGAUUUUUAUUUUGAGCAUGAAUUAGUAUGUUGGUCAGAUAGUGGUUUAGAAAUAAUUCAAUGUAUUCGAACAAAUGGUACUCAUACUGGUGAAAAAACAAUUGUAGUAAAUUCUAGUUUAAUUUCUCCUGAUGGUUUAGCUUGUGAUUGGUAUACAGGAAAAUUAUAUUGGACAGAUGGAGAAAAAAAUAGAAUAGAAGUAACUAGCAUUGAUGGACAUCAUAGAAAAGUUCUUUUUUGGACAGAUAUUUAUCAACCAAGAGCUAUUGCUCUUGUUCCAAUGAAAAGUAUAUUAUUUUGGACUGAUUGGGGUGAUGUACCUAAAAUAGAAAGAGCUGCAAUGAAUGGAGAUCCAUCAACAAGAGAAGUAAUCAUUUCUGAUGAUAUAUUUUGGCCAAAUGGUUUAACUGUAGAUUAUGAAAAUGAAUUGGUUUAUUGGGUAGAUGGAAGACUUAAAUUUAUCGCGGUGAUGGAUUAUUAUGGAAAAAACAGAAGAAAAGUUAUAGAACAAGGACUAGAUUACCCUUUUGCAGUAACAUUUUUUGAUCAUAGAUUAUAUUGGACUGAUUGGAAAACAUGGUGUGUACAUUCAUAUGAUGUUCGUCAAAACCAAGCACAUCCUAGAGAAUUAUUACAUGGGGAAUAUAUACCUGGUGACAUAGAAGUAUGGGAUGUUAAAAGACAACCAUAUGGUAGUCAUCCUUGUGAAAAAAAUAAUGGAAAUUGUUCACAUUUGUGUCUUCUUAGUAUGACAGAACCUGGAUAUAGUUGUGCAUGUCCUACUGGUGUGAAAUUAGUGGAUAAUUUGACUUGUGCAGAAGGACCAGAAGAAUUGUUAUUAAUAGUUCAAAGAAAUGAAAUUUGUCGAAUUUCUUUAGAUUCUCCAGAUUAUACUAACUUUGUGUUACCAUUAACAGGAAUUAAACAUGCAAUAGCAAUUGAUUUUGAUCCUGUGCAAGAAAUGCUUUAUUGGACGGAUGAAGAAGCUCGUGCAAUUCGUAGAGCUUCUCUUGAUGGUUCUAAUCAAGAAAAUAUUAUAACAACAGAAGUAAAGAAUCCUGAUGGAAUAGCUGUUGAUUGGUUGGCACGGAAUCUUUAUUGGACUGAUACAGGAACAGAUCGAAUUGAAGUAGCUAGAUUAAAUGGUACAAGUAGAAAAGUGUUAAUAAAUGAAGAUUUAAUUGAACCUAGAGCAAUUGCUUUAGCUCCAGAAUUAGGAUGGAUGUUUUGGACAGAUUGGAAUGAAAAACGUCCAAAAAUAGAACGAAGUAAUCUUGAUGGAACAGAACGUAUUCUUUUAAUAAAUAAAGAUAUUGUUUGGCCAAAUGGAAUUGCUUUAGAUCUUGCAAGAUGGAAAAUUUAUUGGUGUGAUGCAAAAACAGAUAAGAUCGAAGUAUGUAAUAUGGAUGGUACAAAUAGAAGAGAAGUAAUCACAGACAAUCUACCACAUCUUUUUGGAUUAAGUUUAUUAGGAGAUUAUUUAUAUUGGACUGAUUGGCAAAGACGAAGUGUGGAUAGAGCACAUAAACUUACAGGUGGUGAAAGAGAAGUUAUAGUUGAUCAAGUUCCAAAUGUUAUGGGUUUAAAAGCAGUGCAUUUAGGAAAAGUUAAUGGUACAAAUCCUUGUGUAAAAAGCAAUGGAGGUUGUAGUCAUCUAUGUUUGAACAGACCAGGAAAUAAAUAUGUGUGUGCAUGUCAAAUUGGAUAUGAAUUAACUAAAGAUAAAAAGACUUGUGUUGUCCCAGAUGCAUUUAUGUUAUUUGCAAGAAAAGAAAACAUUGGCAGAAUUAGCAUUGAAAAUGCAAAUAAUGAUAAUAUUAUUCCAUUAACUGGUGUUAAAGAUGCAAGCGCCUUAGAUUUUAACAUUGUAGACAAUCGUAUUUAUUGGACGGAUGUUAAAUUGAAAACAAUUACAAGAGCUUUUAUAAAUGGAUCUGAUAUAGAAAGAGUUGUGGAUCUUGGUUUAGAAACACCUGAAGGUUUAGCAAUAGAUUGGAUUGCUCAUAAUUUAUAUUGGAGUGAUACAGGAACUCGAAGAAUAGAAAUGGUUCGAUUAGAAGGCUGUAGCAGAAAAGUUCUUAUUUGGAAUAAUAUUAUUGAACCAAGAUGUUUAGCUCUUGAUCCUAGCAAAGGCCAUAUGUAUUGGACAGAAUGGGGAAAUUCUGGAAAUAUAGAAAGAUCAUAUUUGGAUGGUACACAUCGUGAAAUAAUACUUUCCAAUAUUGGAAGAGCAAAUGGUCUAACAAUUGAUCAUUCAGCACGAAAAUUAUAUUGGGCAGAUUUAUAUACUCCAGCUGUUGAUAGUUUUGAUUUACGUACAAGAAAAAGAUAUGCAAUUAUAACAGAAAAUAUUGUGUAUCCAUUUAGUAUUACUCAAUAUCAAGAUUAUAUUUAUUGGACAGAUUGGAAUACAGGUGAUAUAGAAAAAGCUAAUAAAACUAAUGGAGCAAAUAGAGAGAAGAUACAUAAUAAAUUAGAAUCUGUGACAGACUUGUUAGUUUUUCAUGCUUCUAGACAAGCAGGAUGGAAUCCUUGUGCUUCAAAAAAUGGAAGUUGCUCUCAUCUUUGUAUUGCUUUACCAGGAGAAAAUGAAAGCAUAUCUAAUUCUUUCAAAUGUGAAUGUCCUACUCAUUACAAUUUAGCAGAAGAUAAUAAAACAUGCAUUGCACCGAAAAAUUUUAUGAUGUAUAGUUUGCGUAACGCAAUAUUUCGCUUUCUACCUGAUACAAAUGAUUGCCCAGAUGUGGUUCUACGAAUACAAGGUUUAAAACAUGUACGAUCUAUAGAAUUUGAUCCCAUAACUCAACAUAUUUAUUGGAUAGAUGGACGUACUUUAUCUAUUAGAAAAACUUUGGAAAACAAAACCCAUUCAAGUAUAAUGAUUUCUGGAAAUUCAGGACAUCCAGUGGAUCUUGCUUUAGAUUCAUUAGGAAGAUUAUUAUUCUGGUCAUGUGCCAUAAAUGAUGCAAUUAAUGUUACAAAACUUGACAAUGCUUCUGCUUUAGGUGUUGUUGUUAAAGGUGAUGGAGAAAAACCAAGAAAUAUUGCUAUACAUUCAGAAAAAAGAUUUCUUUUUUGGACAGAUAUAGGAAGAAAAAUGAGAGUUAUGCGCAGUAAAAUGGAUGGAAAAGAAAGAAUUGUAAUAGCAACAGAUCUUGAACAACCAACAAGCAUUGCAGUAGAUACAAUUUCAAAUAUUGUAUAUUGGGCACAUGGCAAUCAAAUUGAAUAUGCAGAUUUUGAUGGAAAUAAUAGAAGAAUUCUAAUUUCUCCUGUUGGACAAGGAUCAACUAUUUAUUUAUCAGUUUUUCUUGAUUUUAUUUAUUGGUUUGAUAAAGAAACAUCUAGUUUAGAGCGCAUUAAUAAAUCUGGAAAUGGAAGAAAAACAAUCAUGAAUAAAGUACUCACAGAUUUAAUUACAAUAAAUACUCCACAAGAUGAUAUAAUGAAAACACAUAUUUGCAGUCCUUUUCGAGAUUUUGGAGGAUGUUCACAUUUUUGUAUAGGAACUGUUUCUUCUAGAUGUUCUUGUCCAAUCUUGGUUUUAUCCGAAGAUGAAAAAACUUGUAGAGCUGCGCCAGCUUGUGGAACAGAUCAUUUUACUUGUGCUGCACCUAGCUCUGCAGUAACAAAAGAUUGUAUACCUGCAACAUGGAAAUGUGAUGGUCAAACUGACUGUCCUGAUGGAAGUGAUGAAUUAGGUUGUCCAACUUGUAAUCGUGAGCAAUUUAAAUGUCAAAGUGGUCAUUGCAUUGAUAUGUCCUGGGUGUGUGAUGGAACAACUCAAUGUCAUGAUGGUUUAGAUGAAGCACAUUGUUGUCGUCCAGAUCAAUUUCAAUGCAUAGGUAAUGGUGUUUGUAUUUCUGGUUCUGCUCUUUGUGAUGGUUGGGAGGAUUGUGCUGAUGGAAGUGACGAACUUGCAUCUGCAUGUACACCAGCAAAUAAUCCCCGACAAGAGAAUAAUUCAUUAGAAUCUGGAAAAAUCACUUAUGUUAUUAUUGUACCUAUUGGAUUGAUUGCAACAAUUGCUGCAAUUGCUUUUGGAUUUUAUUAUUGUAGAAGAAAAUUUAUAAAUAACGAAGAAUUACCUGAUAUUUUACAUGAUUCAGCUGGAGAUCCAUUAUCACCAAAACCUGCAAGAUUAGCAAAACCAAUGUUUGCACAAAAAAAUUGUAGAAAAGAUUUGAAAAUAGGAAUGGAAACUGUAAGAAUGUCAAUGUUAAAUGGAAGUAGUAUUGGAUCAAGUUAUGAUCGCAGUCAUAUUACUGGUGCAUCAAGUUCAACUCGAGGGAGUUCCACAGGAGGUUAUCCUCAAGAGACAUUAAAUCCUCCUCCAAGUCCUGCCACAACAGCCAAUUCUACGAGGUGCUCAAGCAGUAAUGCAUCUAGGUAUAAACCUUAUAGAUAUUAUAAAAGUAUAAAUCAACCACCACCUCCAACUCCGUGCAGUACAGAUGUUUGCGAUGAGUCAGAUAGCAAUUAUCCAGCAAGAUAUCGAUAUGAAAGUGAACCUUAUCCUCCACCCCCUACUCCAAGGUCUGUUUACCAAAGUGAUGCUGGAAUUAGUUGCCCUCCUUCUCCUAGUUCACGAUCUUCUACAUAUUUUAGUCCACUUCCACCACCUCCUUCUCCUGUACCUUGAAUUAUAUUAGAAAUUAUUUAUAUUCUAUUUUUUAAAAAAUGACAUUUUUAGUAGGUUUUUAAAAAUUUUUUAAAAAA